AUGAACGAAGUGAUCAGCUCGUACCUCAGGGACACAACUCCGAGAUAUUUCGGGACCAAUUGGGGAGAAAAGCACCCACCCCAAGGACAAGUCAGCAAAGGAUGGACAGGCAUCAUGGGAUACAGCGCAGAUGGCUAUCUGCUCGUGGGCAGGAUGCCAAACAGCCAUUCACCAGAUCUAUGA